AUGGUUCUCGUGCAAGACGCAUCUGGUUCUCGAGCCGCAAAGCUCAUCAAGACAUUCUCGGCCGUCAUCAAAGGCGAACCACAAAUCACGAAUGCACACUCUGCAAAGUUGUUUCUACAAGCCUGUGAGAUCUACAAGGAUAAGAAAUCACCGGUUAAAUUUGUUGAGGUCUUGAUCUCAAAACCUGCCGGUAUCGCGGCGUUGGAGAGAGCAGUUCGCGUUGACUUGAGUCCCGGCUUCAUCAACGCAACUGCAUUACCAUUCAUCCUGACUCUAUCGGGUGAUGGUGUCGCUUCUCUCAGCAAUGGUGGUUUCCUACGUCAAAUGCUGGCUGCUAUCCUGGAACCAUCGACAUUCUGGACUGCUGUUGUGGAUGCUUACAGAAGCGACCAACUUGACAACGCUGGGCUUGAAGCAUUUGCGUGGCUGUGUCUACAGAUUAUCUCGGAUCAAAGCAGUUUUGACUUGCACAAGGACGCAGUCAAAGAAUUGAUGGAACACAAGACUCUUCUUAAAUCGCAGUCGCCCGAAGUCAGGAAAAUUGCAUACCGCAUCGACAAGAUCAUCAAGAUCUUUGCCCAGCCCGAAACUGCAUCCACUGGAAUCACUCCUGGAGGACGUCACGACAAUGAUCACGCCAACUUCCGCAAUAUAUCAAUUCAUCCGACCUCUGACGAGCUUCUUUCAACCGAUCCUCCAUAUCUCCAGCGACUGGCGGAUGUCUUUGACACGCCGAUGGAGACCCGAAGCCAGAGUUACCGCGACUGGCUCUUCCGUCUCCUUCGCGAGGACAUGCUUUCUGAACUCCGAGAAGAUCUUCAAGUCGCCAUGAGUCAGAAGAAGAGCAAGCGCCGUCCUAUUGCAUUAGGGGAAUUGAGACUGGUUGGGAUCAAUACCGACAAUGACAUGGAGACCAAGCACAUCCCCCCGUAUGCUCUCUAUGUCGCGUGCCAGCAGGGCAUUAGUUUUCCCAAUAAACUACCGAAAGGCGGGAAGAAGGCAUUUAUAGAAGAGUCAAAGAACUUUAUGAAGCAUGACUCUUUUGGUGCGCUUUGCUGCAACGACGCGAUCAUCGCAUUCGGGUCGCUUGUAAGAGAUGUUGCCAAUCUUCUCAAGACACCUCCCAUCGUCGGCAUCAAGUUCAGCGAUGGUCCAGGGCUCAAGAAGGCGAUAGAAGCACUUCAAGGUCCUUCGAAGGACCAAGUCAAGUUUUUUAUCGUAGACACUGCUACCUUUGCCUAUGAGCCGAUCCUUCAGCGGUUGAAGACCAUCGCCGAGUUCCCUCUGGAAGCUCAAUUGAUCGACCCGGGGCAACCUUCUCAGGAUGGGCCGAGAUCAACGACAUUGGACGCCUUGCCACACAAACUCCGUAUUGCCUUGGACUCAGGGCUCAAGGUCAAGAUGCCGGCAAGUCUGCGCCUGAAAAAAGACAUUUAUUUACAGGGUGCCCAGCUCAGGUCCUUCAUUCACGGCAUUAGUAGUAACCUGGCUCUCAUUCAAGGUCCACCUGGCACAGGAAAGUCAUUCUUGGGCGCGCUCAUUCUUUUGACCAUCCUACGAUUGACGAAAUCGCGUAUCCUUGUACUGAGCUAUACGAAUCACGCCCUUGACCAAUUUCUGGAGGAUCUGAUGGACAUCGGCAUUAGCUCAGAUCAAAUGGUUCGGCUAGGCUCCAAGUUCACUGAAGCCACCAAGCCUACCCUUCUGAGAGAAUACGACGGUCAAAAGAAAUAUUGGUUGAAAAUGGAGGAGAAGAACAUUCUCAACACCCUUCGCGUUGAAGAAGCGAGUCUCAGCUUGGAGCUUCAAGAAUGCAGCAGAAAGCUUGCCGCACGGGAGGCUAAUCCGGACGAUAUCCUGGAACACCUUGAGCUCUCAGAGAAUUUCAGCAUCGCUUGGGAAGCUUUCCAGGUACCGGAAGAUGAUGGAUUCCAGAUGGUUGGGUCAGACGGCAAGGCAAUUGAACCGGCGGGUGUGUAUCAGUAUUGGCUGAACGGUGGCAAUGUCAAUGGCCUGGGAAAUCUAGGCAGAUGUCUCGACCGGAGAUCUCUUGCCGUCUGGAAUUCUCCGCCCGCUAUGAGGAAGCAAUGCCAUUACGAGUGGUCGCAAAUGGUUCGCGAGGAACAGAGUGCCCACUUCGUUGACCUCAGCAAGCGUUUUAGUGAUGUGAAGACUGAGAUCAAGAGUAUUCUUGACGAGCGCGGUCGAAGAGUGCUCAAGGAUAAACAGAUCAUUGCAUGCACGACUACUGCGGCAGCCAUGUACCAAUCCAUAAUUGAAACGGCCAGUCCUGAUGUUAUUCUGGUUGAAGAAGCGGGAGAAAUCCUUGAAGCGCACAUCAUUACAGCCAUGAGUGCCUCAGUGAAGCAACUCAUUCUAAUCGGAGACCACAAGCAACUCAGGCCAAAGGUCGGCAAUUACUUACUGACAAAGGAGAAAGGCGAAGGCUAUGACUUGAACGUGUCGCUCUUUGAGAGACUUGUUGUUCAGGGUCGCCAUUUCACAGCCCUUGAGGAGCAGCAUCGCAGUCAUCCAGACAUCUCACAAUACCCUCGCAUGCUGGCCUAUCCCGAGCUGAAAGACAUGCCAUCGACUUCCGACCGCCAGCCAAUCCGAGGGUUGAAGAGUCGAGUGACAUUUGUUCACCACGAGCGACCGGAGGAUACCAUGGACGAUGUCGCUGAGCGCCGGGAUCCCACGGCCAAAGCCAGCAAGAGGAACCUUCACGAGGCCAUGAUGGUUCUUAGAAUGGUUCGCUAUUUGUCGCAGAAUGGAUAUAAGACUGAGAAUAUGGUUGUUCUCACGCCGUACCUGGGACAACUGUUUCUUUUGAAGGAGACGCUUCGAAAGGAGAUGGAUCCAUGGUUGAAUGAUGUCGACAAUCAUGAUUUGGUGCGCGCAGGAUUGGUUACCCAAGCGGCAGCCAAAGUGAAUAAGAAGCCGCUACGUCUCUCAACAAUUGACAAUUACCAAGGAGAAGAAUGUGACAUCGUCAUCGUCUCACUAACACGCAGCAACGCAUCCGGAGAUAUUGGUUUUCUGUACGCCCGCGAGCGACUUGUCGUCCUUCUAUCACGAGCCCGAAACGGCAUGAUUCUCUUUGGUAACAUGGAGACAUUCAUGAAGAGCAAGAAGGGCGGUGAAAUGUGGACGCAGUAUUUUGAUGCCCUGAAGAAGAAUGACUCCAUAUUCGAUGGAGUGCCUAUCCAUUGCGAGCGUCAUCCUGAGACGUCCAUGUUAUUGAAGCUACCAGAAGACUUUGACAAGAAAUGUCCUGAUGGAGGAUGCGCUGAGCCUUGUAAUACCCCAUUGAGCUGCGGCAAACACAAAUGCCAGCGACGCUGCCAUCGGGUUCAAGACCACUCAAAAAUUGAAUGCUAUGCUAAAGUCGAGAGAGUCUGUAACAAAGGUCACAAGUCCAAGGUACCUUGCGGAGAUAAGUCCAAGAGCUGUGCGACCUGCACAAAAGAAUACGAAGACAACCAGCGACGAAUCGAACGCGACCUUGAACUCGAACGAAAGCGCCAGGAGCUCCAGGACAAAUAUCGCUUAGAGCUGCAAGAGAUUGAGGAUGAGAUUGAUCACCGCCGUCGAACUAUGAAGUACGAAUCCGAGGAGAAGAAGCAAGCGGAUGAGCUUAAGCAGAAGAAGGAAGAGCUUGAGUCACUUCGUCAAGCUGAAAGCAACAAGACGAAAAUGAAGGCGACCCAGAAGAAUGUCCCGCCACAUCGAAGCCCGGAUCCACUAUCUGAUCCUAUCUCCAAUGCAGCCAAUGAGUGGAAGAACAUGAAAGAUGUUGAAGGUGCACGCAACGCUGCUUUGGAUAAGCUGAUGGGGAUGAUCGGUCUGGAAUCUGUCAAAGAUCAGAUACUGUCGAUCAAGUCCACAGUCGAUACCAAGAUACGCCAAGGGUUCUCUCUUGGAGAUGAAAGAUGGAGCUGUUCACUGCUUGGCAAUCCAGGAACAGGCAAGACGACAGUGGCCAGAAUCUACGCCGAGUUCCUCACGACUGUUGGGGCAAUUGCGGGAAACUGCUUCAAAGAAGUGACUGGCUCUAAACUUGCCAACAUGGGUGUUUCUGGCUGUGAAAAACUUCUUGAGGAUGUCAACAACAAUGGCGGCGGCUGCGUCUUCAUCGACGAAGCAUACCAGUUGUCAUCUGGCAAUAGCCCUGGCGGCAAGGCUGUACUGGAUUAUCUCCUGGCAGAGGUUGAAAACUUGAGAGGCAAGAUUGUGUUCGUUUUGGCAGGAUACAGUAAGGAGAUGGAGUCCUUUUUCUCCCACAAUCCCGGCAUUCCCAGCCGAUUUCCUAUCGAAAUGAAGUUCGAGGACUACACAGACGAAGAACUCCUUCAAAUUCUUCAGUUACAGAUCCAUCGCAAGUUCAAUGGCACGAUGGCUGUUGAGCAAGGGGUCGAUGGCCUGUUCUGUCGAAUUGCUGCCCGUCGAGUCGGUCAUGGUCGCGGAAAGAAUGGCUUUGGCAACGCACGCGCCGUGGAAAACUGUCUUCAGAAGAUCAGUCAACGACAAGCAGCGCGUCUCCGAAAAGAACGCCGGGCAGGUAAAAAGCCGAAUGAUUUACUUCUCACCCAAGAAGACAUCAUUGGACCAGAGCCUUCCGAGGCCUUGCUGAACAGCAAGGCUUAUCGGGAGCUUAAAUCUUUGAUCGGCCUGCAGGAAGUCAAGGAGGCGCUUGGUGUCCUCAUGGAUACCUUGAGAACAAACUAUGAGCGAGAGCUUGCGGAGCAGCCUCUGGUAGAGUUCUCGCUGAACAAGGUAUUCUUGGGAUCGCCCGGCACUGGAAAGACUACUGUCGCGAAGCUUUACGGAGAGAUCCUCAAAGACCUGGGCUUGCUUUCGAAUGGGGAGGUUGUCAACAAGAACCCAGCUGAUUUUGUUGGGGCUCAUCUUGGCCAUUCAGAGGCUCAGACCAAGGGAAUUCUUGCUGCCACUGUUGGAAAAGUUCUUUUGAUCGAUGAAGCAUACGGACUCUAUGGAGGAGGCGCAAACGGAUCUAUCGCUGAUCCCUACAAGGCUGCUGUUAUCGACACCAUCGUUGCAGAGGUCCAAAGCGUGCCAGGCGAAGAUCGAUGCGUACUACUGCUCGGCUACAAGGAGCAGAUGGAGGAAAUGUUUCAGAACGUCAAUCCUGGCCUUAGUCGACGCUUUCCUAUCUCUUCUGCCUUUCUCUUUGAAGAUUUCGAUGAUGUCGCGUUGGCAAAGAUUCUUGAUCUCAAGCUGGGAAAAGCAGGCUUCAAAGCAACAGUCAAAGCCAAAGUUGUCGCGCUGGAUGUCCUGCGCCGUGCGAGAAAUCGUCCCAACUUUGGAAAUGCCGGUGAAAUCGACAUUCUACUUGGAAGAGCUAUGGCUAAUCAUCAGAAACGCGUGUCAUCUGGGCGUGUCAAGAGACAUGGGACUUUGGAGCCAAUUGACUUUGACGAAGAGUUUGAUCGCGCUGAAAAGGGCGAGACCGACGUCAAGAAAUUGUUUGACGGUGAUGUUGGGCGAGAUCGCCUCAUAUCGAUCCUUCAAGGCUACCAGACCCGUGUUCGCCAGGCCAAGCAACUGGAAAUUGACCCGGAGAUUCCAUUCAACUUCUUGUUCCGCGGCCCACCCGGAACUGGAAAGACUACAGCUGCGCGCAAGAUGGGCCAGGUAUACUAUGACCUUGGUUUCUUGGCUAGCACUGAAGUCAUUGAGGUCUCUGCUACUGAGCUCAUCGGUCAAUAUGUUGGACAUACUGGGCCAAAGGUGCAAAAGCUCUUAGACAAAGCCUUAGGGAAGGUCCUUUUCAUCGACGAAGCAUAUCGACUGGCUUCUGAGAGCUCUUUUGCUAGAGAGGCUGUUGAUGAGCUUGUGGAUUGCGUGACAAAGACAAAGUAUCACGGCAAGCUUAUCAUUAUCCUCGCUGGCUAUGUGCAAGACAUCAACACUCUGCUGGGCAUCAAUCCCGGAAUGUCUAGUCGGUUCCCGGAGAGCAUUGACUUUGACCCUCUCACUCCUGAUAGCUGCAUUCAGUUGAUGACUAGUCAAUUGCAAACCAGCAAAGCUAAGCUCGAGGGAAAGAUACCAGUGGAUCUAUCAUGCUUGGAGCGUCCUCGAAAAGCAUUCUUGGCUGAGUUGACCCGCAGAAUCAAGGAACUGUCGGAGCAGGAUAGCUGGGCGAAUGCGAGAGACGUCAAAGAACUUGCCAGGAAGAUGUUUCACAAGUUUGAUCUAUCUUCUAAAAUCCUGGCACUUACUGAAGACCUGAUUCGCAGCACCAUGGAUGAGAUGAUGGCGGAGCGUCGGGGUCGAAUGACAGAAAAGAAGCCUACUGUUACGAGUGAGAUUGCCAAAGCACUCACAGACAAGCCCAGGUUCACACCACCCGCGAUGACAACCAACGCCACCACGGUUACUGAGGAAAAUGAGGAGGAUGAGCCGCAAGAGGAGUUCCCUGACCUCAAUACGAAUCAGGGCAUCCGAGAUGCCGGAGUAAGCGAUGAAGUUUGGGAGCAGCUGCAAAAAGACAAAGAGAAAGAAGCCAAAGACGAAGAAGAAUUUCGCUGUCUCAAAAAGGCCCAACAGAAUGCAACAGACGCUGACAGGGAGAAGCUUGUGCGUCAGAUUUUGGCUGAGGAGGAGAAACGGAAGAAGAUUGAGGCGAGAAAGGCAAAGUUGAUGAAAAUGGGAGUCUGCCCAGUUGGAUAUCAGUGGAUUAAGCAGAGUGGCGGUGGAUUUAGAUGUGCUGGGGGUUCGCAUUGGAUGUCUGAUGAGGAUGUUGAUAAAAUGUAG